UAUUGCCAGAAAUCUUUAUUGUUUCAUCAUAUUUGAGCAUGAAGCGACGAAAAGUCUCGGAAAUUCUGCUGUGGAAGAAAAAGACCUCCAUAAGGAUGGCAGGGACAUGAAUUGGCUGUGGCAUUCUUGGAAUGGUCACUUCACACUAAGAACUUUGGAGAUGAACUGCUGUUCCUGCUGAGACCAUUAUAUGAUUAAUGGAACUAGCAUAUGAAAGAGCAACUCCCCGCAUUUCUCCUACGCCUGGGAUGAUAUCGGCAUGUCAAAUUUCAGUGCAAAUGGACUGAAUGCUUGGAGGUUGACAAGGCGCGAGUCUCGUCUGUUUCCUCCAGAUUCACUGAAAUUUCAUUCGUUUGUUGUGGAAACUGGCUCGAAGCUGCGAUGUGGGAGGAAGGAUAGUCCACAGGCGAGGAAGGGUAGGCGGUCUGCUGGCGAAGAGUCGGCUGCCAGGCAGCUGACUUAUUGCUGCUGCCACGUCGAGAACAGUGACAUCACCUCUGCGGUGAAGUUCCGCUCGGGCAGCCCCACCUGCGUCCCAGACUGUGGCUGCUGCUUGGAAGAGACUUGUGACGAAACCGUAGGCUCGGCAGCUUUUGUGCCCGAAAAAGACCACCAGGUGCGUCAGAUCCGUUGUGCCAUGAAAAGACGGGCUAGUAGUGAUCCGCGCCCUAGGAAGGUUGCGAAGGUGUCCGUUCGGCAAUUGGCUGUUACCAACAAACGGAAUUCUGUAAAUACAAAAGGAAUAACACAAUUACAGCCAUCAGUUAUUAAAGACAGUGAUGUGGCAAUUUCCAGUAACUCUCUUUCUUCGCAACCUCGUGACCAGAAGACAGGAAAGGGAAAACUUUCUGCUGAACGGUUGCCUCUGUUCUGGAAGCCUUCUGUGCAACUCCAGCGACUUCCUGCUGAAAUCGUCAAGUGCUACUUGUCCAGACCGACUGUCGUGUUGUCGAGGUUACCCGAUAACCUAUUUCAGUGCCAAGAGGUUUCUUCUAAAGAGAAGGUUCCUAUCACUGCAGCAAGUGCACCUGAAAAACGUUUGAACGCUGACUCAAAACUAAAAGACCAGGAAAGAAAGAAACUGAAGAGGAAUGACCUUAGCAUCCUGGACCGAGUGAAGACUAGUAACACGGAAGCAGUUAAUGCCGACAGCAAUACAAAGUCUGCAAAGGAGGAGACUCCUGUGAUUUCAGCAAAUAAAUCUAGGCUACGUUCCAAGUCUGAAACAAAACCAGAAGAAUUGGAGAAGCAGAAAAAGAGUAAUAGUAGUAACCUGAGGACAACGGACAAUGACAAAGACUCUAGCAUGAAGUCUGUCAGUGCUGGCGAUGAUACGAACUCACCUCAGAAGGGGGCUCCUGUGAUUUCAGGAAGUGAAUCUCGAACACGAUCUAAGUCUGAACCAAGACCAAAAGACUUGGAAAAGCAAAAAAAGAGCAGCAGUGGCCUGAGGACAGUGGACAAGGUCAAGAGUUCUAGUACAAACACGAUCCACGCUGAUGUUAAUACGAAAUUGGCACGAAAGGUGGAGGUUCCUGUGAUUUCAGGACGUGAAUCUCGAACACGUUCCAAGUCUGAUCUGAGACCAGAUGAGUUGGAAAAAAGAAAAGGGAGCAGCAGUGGCCUGAGGACAGAGGACAGAGUCAGGAGCCGUAGUGCAAACUCUGUCCAUGCUGAUGUUAAUAUGAAUUCAGUGCAGAAGGUAACUCGUCAGGCUGUAGCCAGUCAGAAUGCUCUGUCACCAGUAAGGAACCUGCAUUCAAAUUCUCCUAAAAAACCUGGAAGGAAAACGCAUAGAAAUGCAGGAGAAGUAGUUAAUGCAGAGGUAAAAGAUGUCCACUCUAAAUCUACCAGUGCUGGCACCCACAAAGCAGAGGAACAGACUAAAUGGAGGAGGAGUAAAAGUGCAGAAGCGAUAUUUAAUGGAGCACAAAAUGAAGUUAAAUUAGAUUUGGCCAGUGUUGCUGCCGAUAAGUUGGAGGAACAGGUAUCGUGUCUUCCAGUAACACGACACAGCACAUCUUCAGCCUCAGCACUAUCAAACAGUUUGCAGCCGAAAUCUCCCUCAAAGACUGGUGGUCUGUCGGUAGAAGAAAGAAAUUAUUUUCCACAGUUAAAAGUUACUAGACUAUUAGAACUCACUAACAACAAUAGGUCUGCAGCCACUAUUGAUGAGUUGGUGCAAGAGAUGUGUUCUCCAACUUCAGCAAACAUGCCCCCAAAAAACUCAGAGAUUACACCAGAAGAGAAACCUUUGAAAAAAAGUGUUAGAAGGCCAAGACAUGAUGGAACUGGCGGUGGACUUCCAGUGGAGAGUCCUGAGGACUGUAAAGAAAAUGGUGUUACUAGUGGAGAUAAAAAUCCUGCCUUGGAGAUACAUUCUCCAGCUUCAGCAGGCACACCUCAAAAAGAUUCAGAGACUACACUAGAAGAGAAAUCUUUGAAAAGGAAAAGAGGAAGGCAAAGACGAGAUGAAACUGGCAGUGGACCUUCAGUGGAAAAGUCUGAGGACCAUAGACAUGAUGAAGUUACUAGUAGAGAUAAAAAUGAUGCUGCCCUUGAGAUACAUUCUCCAGCUUCAGUAGACACACCUCACAAAGAUUCAGAGACUACACUAGAAGAGAAAUCUUUGAAAAGGAGAAGAGGAAGGCAAAGACGAGAUGAAACUGGCAGUGGACCUUCAGUGGAAAAGUCUGAGGACCAUAAACACUAUGGAGUUACUAGUGGAGAUAAAUAUGCUGCCCUUGAGCAGGCUCCUGUCACUGCAAUAAAUGUACCUGAAAAACGUUGCAAGACUCACUCAAAACCAGAAGAUCUGGAAAGAAAGAAGAAGACAAGGAAUGACCUGAGCACCAUGGACCGAGUCAAGCUUUGUAACAUGGAAGCAGUUAAUGCUGACAACAGCAAUAAGUCAUCAGAGGAGGAACCUACUAUGACUUUAGCACGUGAAUCUGGAUGUCGUUCGACGUCUGAAUCCAGAACAGAAGAAUUGGAAAACCAAAAAAAGAGUAGUAGUGACUUUCGGACAGUGGAAAAAAUCAAGAGUACUAGUACAGACUCAGUCAAUGCUCAUGUCAGUAGGAAGUCAGCACAAAAGGUGCAUUCCCAGCCAUCUCAAGAAUCUUCAGAGUCUACAUCAAAACUAGAGGAUGUGGGAAGAAGAAAGAGACAGAGUAGUGGCAAUAAGGCUGCCACUGCCACCGUGAUGAGUAGAGUGGAAGACAGUAUUAGAAGCAAAGUUCAUGCUGGAGAUAAGAAACACACACAGGAGCGGGCUCCUGCCACUUCGGUAAGCGUACAAGGAAAGCGUUUCAAGGCUGACCAAGUACCAGAAGACCUGGAAAGAAAGAAAAAGAGGAGGAACAACCAGAGCACCAUGGACCAAGCCAAGAGUCAUGAUACAGAAGAAGUUAAUGCUGACAGCAGUAAAAAGUCUACACAGGAGGAGGCUCCUGUGACUGCAGCAAAUAAAUCUAGACAUCGUUCCAAGUCUGAAACGAGACCAGAAGAACUGGAAAAGAGAACAAGGAGCAGCAGUGGCCUAAAGACAGUGGACAAGGACAAGAGUUCUCCUGCAGAGUUUGUCAAAGCUGAUGAUAAUAGAAACUCAGCACAUAAGGAGACUCCUGUGACUUCAGUAAAUAAAUCUAGACAUCGUUCCAAUUCUGAAACGAGACCAGAAGAAUUGGAAAAGAGAACAAGGAGGAGCAGUGGCCUAAAGACAGCGGACAAGAAAAAGAGUUCUCCUGCAGAGUCUGUCAAUGCUGCUGAUAAUAGAAACUCACCACAGAAGGAACGUCCUGUGAUUUCGCCAAGGGAAUCUCGAAGACGUUCCAUGUCUGUACCGAGACCGGAAGGCCUGGGGAAGCGAAAGAGGAGCAGCAGUCGCCUUAGGACGGAGGGCAAAGUUAAGAGCCCUAGUACAAAAUCAGUCAUUGCUGAUGAUAGUAGGAAGUCAGCACAGAAGAAGACUCCUGUGACUUCAGUGAGGGAAUCUCGAAGACGUUCCAAGUCUGAACCGAGAGCAAAAGUCGUGGAAAAGAGAAAAAGGAGCAGCAGUGGCCUGAGGACAGAGGACAAAACCAGUAGUGCUAGUGGAAAGUCGUUUAAUGCCAAUGUUAAUAGGACGCCAACACAGAAGGAGACUCCUGUGGCUUCAGCGAGUGAACCUCGAAGGCGUUCCAAGUCUGAACCACGUCUGGAGAAUAGAAAAGGGUGCAGCAAUGACCAGAUGACAGAGGAAAAAGUCAGGAGCCCUAGUAGAAACUCAGUUAAUGCUGAUAUUAAUAGAAAAUCAGCACAGAAGGAAACUUCUGUGACUUCCGGAAGUAAAUCUAGACGACGUUCCAAGUCUGAAUCGAGACCAGAAACUUUGGAAGGGAGAAAAAGACAGAGCAGUGUCUUGAUGACACUGCAAAAAGCCAAGAGCCCUAGUAGAGAUGUGGUCAAUGGUGAUGUCGUGAGGAAGUCUCCGCAGAAGGAGACCUCUGCAACUUCAGGAAGUGAAUGUAGACCACAUUCCAAGUCCGAAGUGAUACCAGAAGCUUUGGAAAGGAGAAAUACACAAAUCAGUGACUUGGCGACACCAGACAAAGUCAACAGCACUAGCAGAGACUUGGUCAAUGGCGACAUCAAUUGGAAGUCGGUGCAGAAGGAGACCUCUGCAACUUCAGGACAUGACUCUAAACAAUAUUCAAAUUCUGACAUGAGACCAGAAGCUUUGGAAAGGAGAAGUACAUACAUCAGUGACCUGGCGAUACCAUACAAAGUCAAGAGCACUAGCAGAGACAUGGUCAAUGGUGACAUCAAUAGGAAGUCAGUGCAGAAGCAAUCUUCUGGCACUUCGACAAACAGCUCUCAAAUACAUUCAGAGUUGGAAUCGAGAGAGGAAAAACAGAAGAAAAGGAUGGAAAGGAGCAAUGAAUGUCAGGCACAAAUUACAAUGAUGAAUGGAGGUGAAGAAAAUUUUAGUAUUCCAGUUGUUGGUGCCAAUGAAAAUUCCACGCAGGAGAUUCUUCCAAAAGCUGCAGCACAAGCUGACAUGAGUGUACUCUAUAACAACAAACAUCAUUAUCCAGAUCAAGCCUCCAAGUUGCUUAACAAAAUUCCGACCAAAUUGGAAAGAUUAAAGGCAAAAAUAUGCCAGAAUACCAGUGUGAAUAAGCUUCAAGAUGUUACCUCAAAUUUUCUAUAUGGUGGCGAUAGUAAUGUGAGGACAAGGCAAAAGAUGCUGGAAUCUUUAGCGCCAUCUCCAAGUUGCAGAUCAGUGAGGUCCAUGUUAUCAGAAUCUCGUACGUCACUGAAUUCCUUGUCAUCUGAAGGAACAGAAUUUGAGAGCCCCGCUUAUGAACCUCUUGGUUCAUCACCUAUCUUCAUGCAGAAUUUGAGGGAUGAACAUGAGGAGAUUCAGAAAACGAAGGUAAUUUCUCCGAGCUGUCGUUCGGACUGCUGCAGUUUAAGACAGCCACAGGAACUGACUUCUCCACCACUGAAGAUACAAAUGCAGAACAAGACUGCAGUUCGUCGUCUAUCAGACGUGUUUGAUGCUGUGCCAUCCACUUCCAAGGGAGCAGCUGCUCAUCGAAAAAUGGCAGAAGAGCAGAGGCUGAAAUGUUUGGUUGCAGCAGAGGAUGAUGGAAAUGUGGUUCCGUGCCAUGAGGUGGAUGCUUCCUUUUAUGAAGAGUGGACGAAACGUGUAAGAGAAGCGGACCGGAAGGCAGAGGCUGGUUUUGCACCUAAAUAUUCCAAGAAAUACAAAAGCCUCAAAGAAACAUUUGAUGAGAUGCCAACUCCCAGUGAUGAUGGGAAAGAAUUAAUUUUGUCACAGAAGCUCAGUUCUACUUCUCCCAUGAAUUGCAAACAGCACAAUGUUGUACCGAACAAACUAGCUCUGUUAGGUUGGAAAGAUUUGCACUCUCCAUCAAAUUGUGUCCCCAGCAACAAGUCCCCAGCAACAAGACCUCUCAACACAAGUGAUGGUGGAACCAAUGAUUCUGAGGAGGACUGCAUAAUUACUGAUGUUCGGCUUUGUAGUAGUCCUUCUAGUGUUCUCCACAAAACCCCACCAUUGGGUAUAAGGAAGAACUCCAGUACUAGUACAACAGUAACAGGACAAAGAAAUCUGGGUAAAUCGCUUACAGAUAUAAGACCAGAGCAGCAAAUAGGCGAAUCUAAUGAGUUAACAGUAGUUGGAGUCAACCGUACCUCUAGUGCGAGGAAAUGGCAGCAUUGUAAUAAGUCACAAUUUCAGAGCAGUGCUUUUAGUGCAUGCCAUUGUCGUUCCAAGCGCGUCCAGCGAAGAUGUCGUUCCGCUAGCCCAAGGCUGUGCAGUGUCAAUGAUUAUUACAGAACUGAGGAUGACGAUGACGAAGACGAUGAUGACUACGAUGACGACAAGUAUGAUUUUGAUCCCGUCACACGUCUACAGCAGAUAAACAAGCAGAUAGAGCUUUUGGAGAACAGCACACCACAAGUGAAUCCGUUAUGGAGGCGUAAAACAAGGAAUUGUGCAUCACUUUUAGAAGGAAAUGGUGUGAAUAAGGUAAAGUCAGAUGGCUACCGAGAGGACAGUGAGGAUGACGACAAAUCGGUCAUCAUUCUAGAUGAGCGAAAUCCAUGCUUCAGUCCGAGGUCUCCGAGCUAUACACCCCCAGAUCUCAGAGCUAAGAGAUCGAGUCCUGAACAGUGUGGGUCUUUGACAGUUGAGAAUGUUGCUAAGCAUAACAAUUUCUUGAAGAAUAGUAUUUCUGGCCCAUCCUCAUCAUCGUCUUUGUCAUUGUGUGGCUUGAGUGAUUCAGACGACGGUGCGUCAGUCUGUUGCGUCUCGAGGGGUAUGGUGACGCCAAGGAAAGGACUGGACCGCGAGCCUUCCUUUAUGGAGGCUUCUACACCCAGGACAAAUGGUGUUUCACCAUGCCUCUCUCCUACAACAAAGAGCAGAUCGAGGUGUUCGUCGCGGAAUGAGGAUAAUAGCAGGACAGAUUUGUCGACGUGCUCAGCUACAAAAACCCACACUGUCAUUGGACAGAGGAACGGUGCAGAAAUGAUACACCUGUUUGCUUCCCCGGCGAGUUGUGUUACAGAUGAAGUUUCACCUGUUUUGAACAAGAGGAGGAAUCCACCAUUUAAAGGUAGUGUAAACAGUGUAAAACACAACGGACUGCUAGAUUCAGUCAGUAAAGACCCAGAAGUACCAUUGCGAGGACACAGUUCUCAGCUAGUCACUCCAUCUAUAUCAGCUGCUAGAAUGGCUACUGUUUUCUGCCACCGUACAGAUGGUGUGCGGGAAAUAGAAGACUGUUUGUCUCAAGAGAAUGACAUAAAUAGUAUGAAUGAAAAAGAGUCAGUCAGGAGAAAUCUGAAGACGCCAACAGAAUUGCAUGUUAGGAGGCUGUCGUCUCUGUCUCCUAUGGAGACCUGCUACGGCCCUCCAUCUUCACCGGGUGAGCAGAGCAGUGAAUGUUCUAUGGAGAGGCGGCAUUCUGUAAGCAGUAUGGAGAAGUCCAUGUUAUUACAUUUAUUCGACGAAAUACGGACAAUGCCACAAUUGGAGAAGGGUAUCGAGAGAGAUGAGGAAGAAGAUUCGGUGUCUGCUGGAAACGUCUCAAUCUGCGUCGAUGGCUCUCAGUCAUCUGGCGAGUCGGAUGAUUUAGAUGCCGAAUGCAGGGACACUGAUGCAGAGGUGGUGGCUGAAGGAUUUGGCUUGCAGAUAACUCGUGGUGAUUUAGCUACUUUAUCUGGGACGAACUGGCUGAAUGAUAAAAUUGUGAAUUUCUACUUGAAACUUUUAACAGAAAGAGGGAGACAGAAUAGGGAACCAGAAGUGUAUGCGUAUGACACAUUUUUCUUCCCAAAACUGAUUAAAUGUGGCUAUGAAAGUGUCAAGAAAUGGACUAGAGUGGUAGAUGUAUUCAAACAUGACAUUUUGAUAAUUCCGGUUCACUUGGGAACGCACUGGUGUAUGGCAGCUGUGGAUUUCCGAAAGCAGACACUUGUGUAUUAUGACAGUAUGGGAGGAGAGAAUGAGUCAUGUCUGAAGACCAUAUGGAGUUACUUGAAUGAAGAAUGUGCACAGAGAUCAGUUGAGCCACUAAGUGAAGAAAUAUGGCAAAUCCGGUGUGCGAAGGAUAUCCCGAAACAAAGCAACAACAGUGACUGUGGUGUCUUCAUGUGCAAGUAUGCAGAAUGCAUUACACGUGAUGCUAAGUUGGAGUUCUCCCAGAACGACAUGCCAGAGAUACGAAUGGAAAUGAUGGAAGAAAUACAAACAAUGACCCUGCUUCACCCCUGAAUGUGUAAUUGCUGACAGCUUUUGCACACAGAAAUCAAGGAAAAUUUACCAUUUGGGGCAUCAUUCUCUCUCACACUUCAGUUAACAUGGAAGAACUAUAAAAAAAGUGCAUGCUUAGAAAUAAGAUAAUGAUCUUUUUAUUGGUAUUUUCUUUCUUUCUUAUUAAAAAUUUACUUGUGUUUUAUGUCAGUGCGAGGAAAGACAUUUUUUAGUCCUGUAGAGGAAUACCAUUGCGUUAAAUGCUAGCAGCUUUUUUAAAGAUUGCACUGAAAGUUCCGAUGUAAAUGAAGAAAAAUGGAACUGCAAAAACUGAUGUAUCUAUAUGUACAUAAGCAUGGAAUUUAUUUUCAUAUGUUCCUAUAGGUCUACAACUUUGUAAAUUCAUUCAGAGGAGUGAGAUAUCAGUGUCAUUAUUGUUAAUGUUAUUAGUAUAUGUGUACA